AUGUCAAGUAGUGGUUUUGACAAAACUUCAACAAGUAAAUCAAGAAAUACAAACAUAUUGAAUUUUUUCAAGCCUAGAAAUCUUGAUUCGAGUACCCCUUCAUCUUCUGAGGCGACUAGUAUUCCACUAAAGAGAAGUCGUGUGGAAUUUAAUCCCAAUGAACUUAUUGUUGAUCCUGGACUUCGACUGUGUAUUAAUGAUUAUGAUGUGGGAAUUAGAGAUCAAGUUAGAAGAGAAUAUUUAUUAAAGGGUCCGUGUCAACCAUAUGGUCAUAAUUUUCCAAAAAAAAAACAAGCGACAGAAAUGAGAAGCUUUUUAGAGGCAUGGUUCAAAAAGUUUCCUUGGUUGGAGUAUAGUGUAGAGAAAGAUGCUGCAUUUUGUUUGUAUUGUUACCUGUUUGCAAGUCCAGGUUCAAAGAGUCAUGACGCUUUUACAAGGAAAGGAUUUAACAAUUGGAAAAAGGCAACGGAAAAUUUUAAUGACCAUGUUGGUGCAGUAAGCAGUGUUCAUAAUGACGCAAGACGUCACUGUGAGGUUUUUCAGAAUCAACGUCAAAGCAUUUCCCAUGUUUUGACUACUCAAGGUCGUGAAACAGAAAAUGCUUACCGAACUCGUUUGACAGCAGUGUUAGAAGUUGUUCGCAUUCUUCUUUGGCAAGGUUUAGCAUUUCGUGGUCAUGAUGAGACUCUUGACUCUUUACAAAGGGGGAAUUUUCUUGAGAUAGUGUCAUGGUAUGCCAAGAUGGAUGAAAAAGUUAGGAAUGUCAUCGGUGGUAAUGCUCCUGGGAAUAACCAAAUGACAUCUCCCAAAAUUCAAAAAGAAUUAGUUAGUUCUUGUGCCUCACAAGUAACAUUAGCUAUUCUUAGUGAACUUGGAGAUAGAAAAUUCUCCUUACUAGUGGACGAGGCUCGGGAUUGUUCUGUAAAAGAACAAAUGGCAGUUAUGUUAAGGUUUGUGAAUAAGAAGGGUGAAAUAAUCGAAAGGUUUCUUGCCAUUGAGCAUGUUAGUGACACUUCAUCACGUUCUUUAAAAGCGGCUGUGGAUAUGUUAUUUGCUCGACAUAAUUUAUCUAUUUCUAGAUUGCGAGGUCAAGCAUAUGAUGGAGCAUCCAACAUGAGGGGAGAGUUUAAUGGGCUGAAGGCACUUAUUCAACGAGAAAAUCCUUUUGCUUUCUAUGUCCAUUGUUUUGCCCAUCAACUGCAGUUGGUGGUUGUUGCUAUUGCAAAACAUAUUCCAGUUGUUGCUGAGUUUUUUACUAACAUCAGUAUGAUUGUUAAUACUGCUGGUGCUUCUUGCAAAAGAAGAGAUGAAUUAAACAAACAUAGUGAUGCUGAUAUUUUUGAGAAAUUAGAGAGCGGUGAGCUUACUACAGGAAAAGGGCUUAAUCAACAGACUAAUCUUGCAAGACCGGGUGAUACUCGUUGGGGCUCACAUCAUGUCACUUUAGCCCGUUUGUUAUCUAUGUGGAAUUCAGCCUUAUAUGUGCUUGAAAGAGUUUAUGAAGAUGGAACUGAACCAGAGCCGAGGGGCAAAGCAAGUGCCUUGAUUAAACUGAUGGAAGACUUCCACUUUGUAUUUAUUCUACAUCUUAUGCUUAAAUUAUUGGGUAUAACAAAUGCAUUGUCGCUUGCCUUGCAACAGAAAGAUCAGAAUAUUAUUACUGCGAUGAACUUGAUAGAAGUUUUGAAAGUAAAGCUACAAAACUUGAGAGACAGUGGAUGGGAUGCUUUGUUACAUGAAGUCACCAUGUUUUGUAACAAGCAUGGCAUUGUGGUGCCUGAUAUGGAAGAUCAGUUUCUUAUUCCAGGACGGUCUCGGCGUGCUAGGCACUUGGUAACUUGUUAUCAUCAUCAUCAUAAUGAAGUUUUUCUUCCUGUGAUUGAUUUACUUACUGUUGAGAUGAAUAAUAGGUUUUCUGAAUCUAGCACUGCAUUAUUAAGGUACAUCUCAUGUCUUGAUCCAAGAGACUCGUUUUCGAAAUUUGAUCAACAUAGUUUGAUUUGUCUUGCUGAACUCUAUUCUGAUGAUUUCUCUGCUAUUGACUUGCAAUUUUUGAGAAAUGAUCUAGAUACAUACAUUUCUGAAGUAAGGCAAAGUUCUGAUUUUACUAGUUGUGAAGAUCUUUCUAUCCUUGCAAUCAAGAUGGUUCAAACUGGUAGACAUUUAGUGUUCCCAUUGGUUUAUCGUUUGAUUGAGUUGGCUUUGAUCUUACCGGUAGCUACGGCAUCUGUCGAGAGAGCUUUUUCUGCAAUGAACCACAUCAAGUCAGAUUUACGGAACAGCAUGGCAGAUGAGUGGUUGAAUGAUUUGAUGAUAUGCUUCAUUGAGAGGACGAUAUUUGCUACCAUCGAUAAUGAAGAUAUUUUACAGCAUUUUCAAAACAAAGAAAACCGGCGAAUUCAACUUCCACCUCUUGCCCUUUCUAAUUCUUAGUGUUUUUUUUGUUUUUUUUAUGUUAUUUAUUAUUUAUCAACUCUAAAUUAAUACUUUUGUUUAAUUAAAUUUUUUAUUUAAUGUACUUCUAUAUUU